AACGGACUAGGAGAGACGGACAGUCAGCGACGAAUAUUUAUAGACUGCGCUUCUUUUUUCUUAGUUUAGUUUGAACGCGAAUUAAAUUCAAAGUACUCUAGCUAUAACGAUGACGGAGCCCCAGUCCGCGCUGUUACUCAGGAGACAGCUGGCAGAAUUGAAUAAAAAUCCAGUGGAAGGCUUUUCUGCAGGACUGAUAGAUGAUAACGACCUCUACAGAUGGGAAGUUCUAAUAAUUGGUCCUCCUGAUACACUCUAUGAAGGUGGAGUGUUCAAAGCCCAUCUCACAUUUCCCAAAGACUAUCCUCUCAGGCCUCCAAAAAUGAAAUUUAUCACAGAAAUAUGGCACCCAAACGUUGACAAGAACGGUGAUGUUUGUAUUUCUAUUUUGCACGAGCCGGGGGAGGACAAGUACGGCUAUGAAAAGCCAGAGGAACGUUGGCUUCCCAUUCACACAGUGGAGACCAUCAUGAUUAGUGUCAUCUCUAUGCUAGCUGAUCCUAAUGGAGACUCCCCUGCCAACGUGGAUGCAGCUAAAGAGUGGAGAGAAGACAGACAUGGUGAAUUCAAGAGGAAAGUUGCCCGCUGUGUACGAAAGAGCCAAGAGACAGCCUUUGACUGAUCUUCAUCCAGCAGCUUGUAGCGUCACUAUUUUCAGGGUAUCCAGUCGAGAAACAACAUGGCACUGUUUUCCUGCACUCUACCACCCUAUUGCCGGAUUCUUCUUGAUUGAGCGUUGGCAGAAACAAGCUGGCAUCAAUAGGCUGCAACAGAACAAUAACGGCUCGUACAGAUACGGACAGAACGUGCCAAGCAAAUGCCAACAUCCAAAAAAA